AGGCGACAGAUGGUAGCAGAACCUGAACAUAUUUUGGAGGCCUCUCUUCACCAGGCGGUCCUGCUUCUAUUUCUUUCUGCACGAGGACUUAUCUCUAGUUCGUACUAUGCAACUAGAACAUGGCGUGGGCAUGUGAAGUGCCCAGUAAGUUUGAAGGCAAGGCGGACACACGACAAUGACGAAUGGGGUAGAGGUGAAAGGACCGUAGUUGAGCUUGUAUGACUCUAUAUAGUUAGAUUACAGCUAGAGGACCAGUUUCUUUGUGGAAGGAAACGAGCAACGAG